CUUGUGGUUCAGCCUUAUUAUGCGUGCGUGGUGCGUGCGGCUAGGUAGUAAAUAGUUUGUUUUGGUUCGGCGCGUUGCGCAUUGGAUUCGUUUCUUGCUUCACCGGAUAGCGCUUCGUAAUUACUUGCGCCUACUUUACUUCCUCGUUUUUGAUUCCAGUGAGCAGUGUAGGUCGUAUAAGACAAGCAACAUGCACUGUGCGUUUCGUGGUGUCUUUUCCAAAAGCAUUCAAGCCAAGAAGCUAUUUCUAAGUCCACUAUCCACGUACAAGAUGUGCACGAUGGCAAAUGUUGUGGAACCAGCCCAGCGACUGAAGGGAAUGCAAGAGAGUGUAUGGGUGGAGUUUAUUGCGUUGGCACUGGAGACGAACCCGGUGAAUUUGGGUCAGGGCUUUCCGGACUUUGCUCCACCCGAAGUUGUGGUGAAGGCACUGGAGAAUGUUCUGUGUGGCCCCAACGUUCUGCUGCACCAGUACACCAGGGGAUUUGGUCAUCCAAGACUAGUGAACGCCCUGGCCAAGCUGUAUUCACGAUUGACUGGCCACUCCAUUGAUCCAAAGAAGGAAGUCUUAGUCACUGCUGGGGCCUACGAAGCACUCUACUCCACUUUCUUGGGAUUGGUGAAUCCUGGUGAUGAGGUGAUUAUCAUUGAACCCUUCUUUGAUUGUUAUGAGCCAAUGACCAUAAUGGCUGGUGGAGUGCCUGUCUUCAUCCCCCUGCGUCCGAAGAAGGAGAGUGGAACCAUGUCCAGUGCAGAUUGGGUUUUGGAUCCUGAGGAGCUGGAAUCAAAGUUCAGCAAAAAGACGAAGCUAAUUAUCGUUAAUACACCGCAUAAUCCCCUUGGAAAGGUGUUCAGCAGAGAGGAAUUGGAGGUGAUUGGCUCCCUUUGCAAGAAGUACGACGUCAUUUGUGUCAUGGAUGAGGUGUACGAGUGGAUUGUUUACCGGGGAUGCAAGCAUGUCAGGAUGAACACCCUACCUGGUAUGUGGGAUCGCACAAUCACAAUUGGCAGUGCCGGGAAGACCUUCAGUGUGACUGGAUGGAAGUUAGGGUGGGCCUAUGGACCAGAGCACCUUCUGAAGCCACUUCAGUUGUUGCACCAGAACUGCGUCUACACAGUAUGCACUCCCACGCAGGAAGCUGUAGCCAUAGGACUGGAAACUGAGAUGGAGAGAAUAGAUGACCCAAACGGGUACUGGAAUGACCUGUCGAGAUCCCUGGAGCAAAAGAGGGACCGUAUCUGCGCUUUUCUAGACACCGUGGGCAUGGCUCCCACCAUUCCAGAAGGAGGAUAUUUCCUCAUCGCUGACUUUUCAAAAUUGGCUGGCAAGUUAGACUUGAGUGGUGAUGGACCGAGGGACUACCAAUUUGCACGGUGGCUGUCGCGAAACAAAAAGCUUCAGGGAAUCCCACCCAGCGCAUUUUACGGACCCGCAGACAAACCACUGGCUCAGAACUUGAUAAGAUUCUGUUUCUUCAAGGAGGACUCUACUCUAAAAAAGGCAGAAGACAUCCUCACAGAAAUGAAAAAAAGCAUGUUAUAAGUUGCAUUUUGCCUAAAAUAAAUGUUGAUAUACAUUCA